UCAAUGACAAUUGAACCUUCGAUAUCCAAUCAUACAGUUGAUCAGUUUAAUCAUACAGGAUUUGGGUCACAGUUCUCAUUAACUUGUAUUAAAGUCGAUAUGAAUUCGCUUGUGGGAUACGGGGUUUCAUCCGAGUCAGAGGAUGAAGAGAAGGGAGAAGACAAUCCGAAGGAGUCCUUCAAAAAUACAGAAUGUAGUGUAGAGAAGAUGAAAAGCCGUAAUUUCCUGUUGGAGUCGGAAUUGCUUUCCAGUGAGUCUGAAUCUGGUCCAGAGAAUGAGGAUCAAGAGGAGCCGCCCACUGCUGAUCGCUCCUUUUCUGAGCCCUUGCCAACCCCAUCUGUCCGUCCUCACACUCGUAAGCUCCCACCUCCACCUCUGGGAGGAUCCAGCUCGGGUGGAGCGCUUACAGGCAGCAGUGUGUUUGCUAACCCCUUCAAAGAACUGGCCAAGGAGAGACUGAAUGUCCUACAGAAACAUGUACCUCUUACUUUACAAGCUCGCCCCACCCAGAUUGACGGUAAGCGCAUUUGUGUGGCCUACAGGAAGGAUGGCCGCUGCCGCUUUGGAAGCGGCUGCAAGUUCGCACAUGACAGCGAUCUGCAGAGUAACCGCGUGGCCACCUCUGACAGUGGACCAAAAGACAAUGUUGCAGUUUCACACAAUCAUGUUCCACUGGCUUCUUGUGAGGAAGACACAGAACAGCGAAAGAAGAGAAGAGUAGGCGUGAAUGAUUCUCUCAUUCCACCAAAACGUGCACUCAAGCAGUAUGCCAGACUCUCACACCCCUAAGACGUUAUAACAUUCAGAAAUUCAAAACUUAAGUGUCUUUAUGACAUAAUUUGGGCAAAACACCCACGAUGCUAUGUGUUACAUUUAUUGAAUUAAUAUGCUACUGAUGAGAUUAUGAUAAUCGGUCUGUAAAAUGUGUUUCAGACUUUUUCCAGAGGUAAAUAUUUUAUAGACAAAGGCGAUGUAGUCAAUACUAGCAGAGAGAGACUUGUGAAAAUUCUUCAAACAAAUGUAAGGAAAAGAUGUCAUUAUUUUAUUUGGGUUUUAUCUGGCUUCCUAAACCCACCCUUUUUAAUCUUACAUUAGUCUAAGGUUUUGAAACAAUAAAUGUAUGUAUACAAAUUGUGUACUUGAUGACUCAAAAAAUGUAUAUGGUCAAUAUAUUUUCAAUCUUUAGUGUCCCCUUUUCACUAGUAGGGUUAAUUUCACCUAGGGAUGCACAAUAUAUUGGUGUUGUAUCUGUUACUGGUGAUAUUAUAGUUUUUCUUUUUCAUAACAUUGUUAGCCUAUAAGUUUAAAUGGUA